GUUUUUGUUGUCAGUUGUCAGCCGAAUACCGUCCGCGGUGCUUUGUUUCGUCAGUCUCGUGAGUCGGGGAAUUUUCGAAUUCCAACAGGUGUUUUUCCUGUUUUUGCAUUUUUCCUCUUGAAAUUCGCCGUUACUAUCAGAAGGGACAAGUUUGCUUUGAUUUCGAUGCCAUGGAUGAGUUAGUAUGGGCUCGUGAUCAUACAGAAGGUUUUGUUUUAGCCCGAAUAACAGAACUUACAAACGAUGGCGCCGAAGUUGUACCAUUGGAUCCCAAAUAUCCAAAAAAGGUCUUGUCUUUCAGUGAUAUUUUUAGGGCAAAUGUCGAAAAAGACAGAGAUUACGAUGAUAAUUGUGAAAUGAUGUUCCUUAAUGAGGGCUCGUUAUUACACAACAUCCGUACAAGAUAUUACAAGAAUAAAAUAUAUUCCUAUGUAGCCAACAUUUUAAUCGCAGUCAAUCCUUACAAAGAUAUCCCAGAAUUGUACUCCAGCAAAACUAUAAAGGCGUAUCAUGGCAGGUCACUUGGAGAGCUGCCUCCACAUGUAUUUGCCAUUGCUGAUAAGGCAUUUAGGGAUAUGAAGAUUUUUAAACAGUCCCAAAGUAUUAUUGUAUCUGGAGAAUCUGGAGCAGGUAAAACUGAAUCAACUAAACAUUUGCUAAAGUUCCUGUGCGAGGGCGGGGGAGCUGGACCCAUCGAGCAAAAAAUUAUAGAUGCCAAUCCAAUUCUAGAAGCGUUUGGUAACGCUAAAACUACGAGGAAUAAUAACAGCUCAAGAUUUGGUAAAUUUAUAGAAGUUCACUUCGAUAAGAAAUUUCAAGUUGCGGGUGGCUUUAUAUCGCACUAUUUGCUAGAAAAAAGUCGGAUAUGUUCUCCUUUAGGAGAAGAAAGAAGCUACCAUAUCUUCUACAUGCUUAUGGCUGGUGCUCCAGAGCCCCUAAGACAGAAAUUAGGACUGACCAAGCCAGACGAUUAUAGCUACCUGAAACAUGGUUGUACCCGAUAUUUUGCAACGACUGCAACAGAAAAGACAUUAACGGACAGUCACAAAAGCGCUGACCAACGGAAACGAGGCUCUCUUCGUGAUAUUCUUAUCGAUGACAUUAACGAUUUUAAGGAACUCGAUUUGGCGUUGGCAAGAUUAGGAAUGUCAGAAGCUGAAAGGUUGCAUAUUUAUACCACAGUGGCGGCUGUAUUACAUUUGGGAAAUAUAGAAUUCGAAGACAAUCCAGACGACACUCGAGGCGGCUGUCACGUCGCUAAAAGUGGCGAAAAGGCCCUACUGAUAGCUUCAAAAUUAUUGGAAAUAGACCCAGAAGAACUAAGGCAGGCCUUAGUGUCUAGAGUCAUGCAAAGUGCCAGAGGAGGGUUUAAAGGAACUGUUAUCAUGGUGCCUUUAAAAAUCCAUGAAGCCAAUAACGCCAGAGAUGCCUUAGCGAAAGCUGUCUAUAGCAAUCUAUUUGACUAUAUCGUUACAAGAAUAAAUCAAAGCAUACCGUUCCAGGCUUCUAGCUACUAUAUUGGUGUGUUAGAUAUCGCUGGAUUUGAGUUUUUUACCGUAAACAGCUUUGAGCAAUUUUGCAUUAACUACUGCAAUGAAAAGCUUCAGCAAUUUUUCAACGAGCGGAUUCUCAAAUUUGAGCAAGAACUAUACAAGCGCGAGGGUCUUAGUGUACCAGAGAUAUCUUUUACCGACAAUCAAGAUUGCAUAGACGUAAUCGAGUCAAAAGUGAAAGGAAUCUUGACAAUUUUGGAUGAAGAGUCCAAACUACCGAAACCUUCCUAUGUGCACUUUACUGAGGAAGUGCAUAAAGUAUGGGGAAAGAAUUUUCGGUUAGGUCUUCCCAGAUCUUCAAAAUUAAAGGCGCAUAGAAGCAUUCGAGAUGAUGAAGGCUUCUUAAUACGACAUUUUGCCGGAGCAGUUUGUUAUCAAACCAAACAAUUUAUAGAUAAAAAUAACGAUGCACUCCACGCAUCGCUAGAGGGUAUCGUACAAGAAAGUAGAAACAAACUAGUUCAAACCUUAUUCGCCAAUUCCGUAGCACAGAAGGGCAAACUUACAUUUAUUAGUGUUGGAAACAAGUUUAAAUCGCAGCUUUCGGAACUUAUGGAGAAAUUACGGAGCAACGGUACAAAUUUUAUCAGAUGUAUAAAGCCAAACAACAAAAUGGUGGACCAGCAAUUUGAUGGCAGUUUAAGUUUAAUGCAACUUACAUGUUCUGGAAUGGCAUCUGUACUAGAGCUUAUGGAGCACGGUUUUCCCAGUAGAACACCAUUCGCAGAUCUACAUUCUAUGUAUAAAGAUUACCUACCUAAAGAACUAAAACAGCUUGCUCCCAAAACGUUUUGUGAAGCUAUGCUGCAUAGUUUAAAACUUCACGAUAAAGAUUUCAAGUUCGGUGUAACGAGAGUGUUCUUCAGACCCGGAAAAUUUGCCGAGUUUGAUAAAAUCAUGAGAUCGGACCCAGAAAAUCUUAAAGCCAUAGUAGCGAAUGUUAAGAAGUGGUUGGUAAAGUCCCGAUGGAGAAAGACUCAGUUCUGUGCCUUGACUGUUAUUAAAAUGAAAAACAAGAUAUUAUACCGUCGCAGUGCCUUAGUAACAAUACAGAAAAAUGUAAAGGGAUAUUUAGUAAGGAAGAAAUAUGGUGUCAGAAUACGAACAGUUAAGAAUAUCCGCGCUCUGGAUUCUAAACUUAAAAAGUUGGAAGAAAUCGCUCAGCAGCUCAAAAAAGACAGGGAUGCCACUUCGAAUGAAAUUAAUAAAUUAAAAACUGAAUUAAAUGCUGCGAUUAGUCGCAUAAAGACAGAAGAUAAACUCGACAAUAAGACAAUUGAAAACCUAUAUAGUAGCUUAGUAAAUAAAAUUAAUCAAAAUAUGGCAACUUUAGAGAAAAAAAUUCAAGAUCAAAAGAUUAAGGAAGAACAUGAAAGGUUAAGAAAGAUUCAAGAGGAAAUGGAAAAGGAAAAACGAAGAAAGGAAGAAGAAGAACGUAGAGUAAAAGAAGAGGAAGAAAUAAGGAAAAAGAAGGCUGAAAUUGAAACGAAAAGGAAAUUGGAAGAAGAAGCGAGACUUAGACAGGAGGAAGCAGAUAAAAAGCUUGCAGCCGAACUUCAAAUUCAACAGGCGCGAAUGGAACAAGAAGAACGACUUUAUCAAGAGCAACUGGAACAGGAGAGGCAAGACAGAGAGCUGGCGGUUAGGUUAGCGCAGGAGAGUAAUGGGCAAAUUGAAGACAGUCCACCUUUAGUAAGAAAUGGAAUCAAUGGAUUGGACUCGAACAGAUCUUCAUAUAACAGAUCACAACAAGCCAAAGGCAAAUACGAUCUUUCCAAGUGGAAGUAUUCAGAACUACGUGAUACAAUAAACACUUCCUGCGACAUCGAGUUAUUAGAAGCGUGCAGGCAUGAAUUCCAUCGCAGAUUAAAGGUGUAUCACGCCUGGAAAGCAAAGAAUAAGAAAAGAAGUGUAAUGGACGAAAACGAACGGGCACCGCGUUCAGUAUUGGAAUCCGCACAAAAAACGCCAAGGUUGCCACAAAAAGCCAUUUUAGAUAACAAUUCCCAAAGAUACUUUAGAAUUCCAUUCCAAAGGCCUGAUGGCGAUCCUCAUAAAAGAGGCUGGUGGUAUGCUCAUUUUGAUGGGCAAUACGUCGCUAGACAAAUGGAACUGCAUCCUGAUAAGCAACCUAUUUUAUUGGUAGCAGGAAAGGACGAUAUGCAGAUGUGCGAACUUUCCUUAGAGGAGACCGGGCUUACAAGAAAAAGAGGAGCAGAAAUUUUAGAAAAUGAGUUCAACAAGGAAUGGGAGAAGAACGGCGGAGGAACUUACGUUCGGCCAGGGGAUAGAAAGCAAUAAAUAAUUUUAUAGUUCCAAAUUGAAAAACAUUUUUUUUUAAUGUUUUGUCCUUUUUGCUUUUGGUAUUUUGGUUUAUAGUUUGGUAUAUAGAUUUAACUUCUACUUAAACUUUAAUUAUUUGGAAUUACUGUAGAAAGAAAUCAACUUUUCUUAUUUCUCAGUAUUAAAAAGUUAAUUUAAUCGAAAUUGCUGGUGGUAAAAGUAAAAGUAAAAGCUUUGGAAAUAAGAACUUAAUAAGACCUUAAAAUUGUUAUUUAUAAUAAUAUAUGCAUUUAAGUACAUUAUAGGAAAUCUGGUAAACAAGUUAAAAAAAUUGUUAAAUGAUAACUACAGUUGUGAGAACGAUUGUUAAAAUUACUACCUUUACUUUAACGGUAUUAUUGUUUAGAUAUGUAAGAAUCUUUAUUAAUUUUUUGAUUUUAUGAAAUAAGUCUAAACAGUUAGAGUUUGUUAAUAGUCUUUAUGAAAGUACUAUAUAAUUUAUUUCAUGUUGUGAAGAUGAUUAGGUACUAAUUGGAAUCAAAAUAAGCUUUACAGUAUUAAAUGUCAUUUAUUGCAAAAGUAUGAAAUAAAAUUUAAUCAGAUA